UACACGCAGCCCACUUGGCUACUCCCCUCGGCUGGCUCUGUCAGAGCGGGUAGAAAUAGUGGAGCAUCUGUGAGAAAGUUAGAAAAGUGUCGAGAGAUAGAUAGAGAGAGAGAGAGAGAAAGAGAGAGAGAUAGAGAGAGAGAGAGAGCGCGCGCUAUGGGCACUUUGAGGGACCUGCAGUACGCGUUACAGGAAAAGAUCGAAGAGCUGAGGCAGAGGGAUGCGCUCAUUGAUGAACUGGAGCUUGAACUGGAUCAGAAAGACGAGCUGAUACAGAAACUGCAGAACGAGCUGGAUAAAUACCGCUCGGUGAUCCGGCCCGCCACGCAGCGCGCGCACGCAGACAGCGAGCUGCAGGAGCAGCAGCGCACCAAGAGACAGGCGAUUUCCGCCGAACCCUCCGCCUUCGACAUCCAGGACUUGAAUCAUGUAACGCUUCCGUUCUACCCCAAGAGUUCACAGUCCAAGGACUUGAUCAAAGAAGCCAUCUUAGACAAUGACUUCAUGAAGAACCUGGAGUUGUCCCAGAUCCAGGAGAUUGUAGACUGCAUGUAUCCAGUAGAAUAUGGCAAGGACAGCUGCAUCAUUAAAGAGGGUGACGUAGGGUCACUCGUCUAUGUAAUGGAAGAUGGUAAAGUGGAGGUAACAAAAGAAGGCUUGAAGCUGUGUACUAUGGGGCCUGGGAAAGUGUUUGGAGAGCUUGCCAUCCUUUAUAAUUGCACACGAACGGCCACAGUGAAGACUCUAACCAACGUGAAGUUAUGGGCCAUCGACAGGCAGUGCUUUCAGACCAUCAUGAUGAGAACCGGACUGAUAAAGCACGCAGAGUACAUGGAGUUUCUCAAAAGUGUUCCAACAUUCCAUAGUCUUCCAGAAGAAAUAUUAAGCAAGCUGGCUGAUGUCCUUGAGGAGACACAUUAUGAGGAUGGAGAUUAUAUAAUCAGACAGGGAGCCAGGGGAGACACCUUCUUCAUCAUUAGCAAAGGAAAGGUGACUGUGACCAGAGAGGACUCUGCCAGUCAGGAUACAGUGUACCUGCGCUCUCUGGGGAAGGGCGAUUGGUUUGGAGAGAAAGCUUUGCAAGGAGAGGACAUCAGGACAGCCAGUGUCAUUGCUGCAGAGACUGUUACCUGCCUUGUUAUCGACAGAGAAUCUUAUAAGCACCUUAUUGGAGGUUUGGAGGAUGUGUCCAGCAAAGGAUCGGAAGAUGCAGAGGCCAAAGCACAGUACGAGGCAGAGAAUGCAUUCUUCUUCAACCUGCACCUGUCAGACUUCAACAUCAUAGACACACUUGGAGUUGGAGGAUUUGGACGUGUUGAGUUGGUGCAGCUGAAGAGUGAUGAGUAUAAGACAUUUGCUAUGAAGAUCCUGAAGAAGCGCCACAUUGUAGACACCAGACAACAGGAGCACAUCCGCUCAGAGAAACUCAUAAUGCAGGAAGCUCACUCAGACUUUAUUGUCAGGCUAUACAGGACCUUUAAGGACAGUAAAUACUUGUACAUGCUGAUGGAGGCGUGUCUGGGAGGAGAAUUAUGGACCAUCCUCAGAGACAGGGGUUCGUUUGAUGAUUCUACUACACGAUUUUACACAGCUUGUGUAGUGGAGGCUUUCGCCUAUCUGCAUUCCAAAGGCAUUAUUUACAGAGACCUCAAACCGGAGAACCUUAUACUGGACCAUCGGGGCUACGCCAAACUGGUGGACUUUGGCUUUGCUAAGAAGAUUGGAUUCGGUAAGAAGACAUGGACGUUUUGUGGCACACCAGAGUACGUAGCCCCUGAGAUCAUUCUUAAUAAAGGUCAUGAUAUUUCAGCAGACUACUGGUCCUUGGGCAUCCUCAUGUAUGAACUACUAACAGGCAGCCCUCCUUUUUCAGGCCCUGACCCCAUGAAGACAUAUAACAUCAUUCUAAGAGGCAUUGACAUGAUUGAAUUUCCAAAGAAGAUUACAAAAAAUGCUGCCAAUCUCAUUAAAAAGCUAUGCAGGGACACUCCUUCUGAAAGAUUAGGGAAUUUGAAAAACGGUGUCAAGGAUAUUCAAAAGCACAAGUGGUUUGAAGGCUUUAACUGGGACGGCUUGCGGAAAGGAACACUGACUCCUCCCAUCAUCCCUAGUGUCACAUCAGCCACAGACACAAGCAACUUUGACAGCUUUCCUGAGGACAAUGAGGACCCUCCUCCUGAUGAUAACUCUGGCUGGGAUGUAGAUUUCUAAAUCUAAACACGAUGAGUGCAUACACACCAAACUAAAGACCUGUUCCACUGUUGCCUGGAACAGAGCUGCUUCUUUUUGGACUGGCUGCAUUUAAAACUGCUUAGAGAGGGAGAGAGAGGAAAACAAAACGCUUCUUUUUGGUUUAGUAUCGACUGUUGCAGGAGAAAGUCCCCUUGGACUUAUGAUACUCGGGACUGCCUAUACCCCAGUCCUAAUAAUAAGGGGGAAUAAUAUAUUCAUUGUGUGUGUGUGUGUGUGUGUGUGUGUGUGUGUGUGUGUGUGUGUGUGUGUUACCUGCCACAAGCCCUUCUUAACACAGGAUAUUGUGGAUAUGUUGUAGCAGGUUGUGACCUUGCUUGAUUGCUUUUUCUCCAUGAUUGGCUGCAAAGUCUUUUCUAACUCUUGUGCAGACGACUCAGUAAAGUGGAUUCAAAAAUUGCAUUCAAACACUAAACAUCAAAGCCAGGAUUCUAGGUGUCCAGACACACCCGAAUGUCACUGUUACAACUAAUCAGGCCUGAGUUUCCCAAAAGCAUCGCAGCAAAAAGAUCAUCGUUAAAUGGUAGAGCGAGCAGCACAAUGAACGCUUUCUCUCCUAGUUAAGAUGCUCUUCGCGCUAAGAGGCUUUUGGGAAACCCAUCCCAGGUCAUUACAGAACAUGUACAUAGUAAUAUAUUACCGAAAAAAGUUGUUUUAGCUGAUGAUCAUUAAAAAGCACAAUUUGUGUUGGAUUCCAAAAAUGCCUGGUAAUCCAUCUCAGAAGUGCCCAAUACAGAUUUUUUUUUUCUAUAACCAUGUAAUAAUUACAUUCUUACAUUAUUGUUGGGUGUAAUGGAAUGUGACUGUUAUGACUUGUGCUGGGACCCAUAAUAUAUAUACGGUAAUAUGCCCAAGGAGUCCACUGAAUUUCUCACACAUCAUGAACAGCCAACAAGCUGCCCACUGACCUCUAAAGCAAAUCAUCUUCAUGCUGAUUUUAUUGCCUGAGGAAUGAUGGAUUGUCAAAAAAAAUGGUGAUUUUGUUUAUGUUUAGGGUGCAUGAGGAUCCUUAUUGGUUUAGAAAAAGUUGUGCAUGUGGAUUGCUUCAAGGCACAAGUCUAUUCACAUUAGUGACAGAUAUGGGUCACUAAGUUAUGAAUGUGAUUUAUCAAAGCUGAUCAGACCUGAGCAAAGAAAAAAAUGGAAUUGAGCAAUAAGGUUUAUAAUGUUAAAAUUGCUGUAAACCUAGGCCGGAAUGAGAAAAAAUAGUUUGUAACCAUUAACCACUGUGAUCAGGCAGGUUUUUAACAGGCUUACAAAGUGAGUCUUGAGGAACUGAGUUUUUAUCGGCCUCAUAUUUGGGUGCGUCUAAUGAUAUGAUCAAAUAGCUUUUGAUGGAUUUAGGUGUUUCACAGAUACAACAUUUCACACAUUAUGUUAAAAAUUAGCUGACAAUGAAAAGACACAGUGCCUUAAAUCAGUGGCGUCCUAAUCGCCUCUAAUGAUUAUCUGUGUGCUGCACCCAUCCAACAAUGCUCGCCAUUACACCACAUCCAUUCGCUCUAGUAUUGCAAUCAUGUUCAAAUCGGUUUGAAACAAUCUAUUGUGAAAAGUCACUUCUUCUUCUUCUUCUUUUUUAAAAUCUAAAUCUGCACAGCUAAACACUGUGAAAUUGGACAGAGACACAACUAUGUGUCCUAAAGGCAUCAUGUUGCCUCUGUAUUUUUAUGUGGCUUGACUGGCAGCGUAGAUGAAAACAACUAGCACUGCAUUAUCUGACUGUUUCAUCCUAUUUGUGAAUUUGUACUGUGCUACAGUACCCAAUGCUGAAUAUUAUAACAUAUAGCAUAUGUCUUACUGAACUGCAUUGAGAUGCCCUCCUCAUCCAAGUCCUCCUUUCACUACUUCCUGAUCAAACUUAGUCACUGCACCAAAACCAAGAGGAGAUGGCAAUCAUGAUUUGCAGUAAACUGCAUAUAAUAUUUACUAUAUAGCCCAAAAUGGACACAUUAUAAAUCUGGGGCAUUAUUUAUAAAUAACCACUUCUUUUUUUAAUUUAACUUUGGGUUGCUUUGACUGCCAGUGAUUGGCAAGGACAUGUUUCACCUGUUGGAAGCAAACAGUGUGAUUUCUACCUACUUGAAAAUGAGCCCUGUAUGAGGAUAAUGAACAUUUCUUGAAUUGCCUACACAGAUUUGUUUUAAUACUGUACAUGUUCAUCAAUGCUGUUCAGCCCUAGCAGGCAUUAGUAAUUUUACUGAAAAUCAUUAAUAUAUGCCUUAGAUUAUUUAAUAUUUGACAUUUCUUCAGUAGUAUAAGGCCUAGUCUUAAAUGUCUUAACUCUACCCUUACUCUCCAACCAAGUCUGUUUUUGUUUGUUUGUUUGUUUGUUUGUUUGUUUGUUUUGGUUCUGAGUGGUGUGACUUUUUUGCCAAGAUAUUUAUUUUAUAUGAUUAUGAGGUCCUUGUAGUGCAACGCCACUUGCAGA